AUGGGCAUGUCUGUGAACAUUGCUUUUUAUAUUCACAUUCCCAGUAGUCUGGGGCUCAUCAACAGCCGAGGAGACAGACUCCCCUGUCCUCCACUUCCCAGCAGCCCUGUUAGCUAUAAUUUGGCUGCAGAGCCAAGCUGUUAUGCAGGUGCUGGAUGUGGCCUGGUUGCUCCCACAGCAGCUGGGGCACUGCGUCCCAUCCUGGAGGAGCUGGAGCUGCCACUUAUCGACAGCCAGACCUGUAGCAUGGUGCUGAGGGGUGUGAACCUGUCACUGUGCUGGGGCUCUGUGUGUGCUAGCUUUCCUGACAAUGAGAGGGACAUGUCCAAGGUAAAUCCUGUGGGAAUGUAUUCCCAGCCUCUCUGCUUGCAGUCAGUCCAGGCCACCAUUGCAUUUGCUUCUGACGGGAGCAACGCGGGCUACAGCUUUGAGCUCACCUUCAUGGCUGUCUGUAAGGCCUCUGAAGCAGGAAGUGUCGCAGUGUUAGUGGAAGAGGGGAAGAUUGAGACUGCUAAUUACCCUGGCUUGUUCCCCAGGAACACCAAGUGCCACUGGCUCAUUGAGGGUCCAGCAAACUAUGUCGUAAAGCUGGAGUUUGAAGACUUUGCUGUGGAAUUUAGAGGCUGCAUUUAUGAUGCAGUUACUGUUUACGCUAAUCUCUAUGGAUUCUCAACUCCCACACCAGUGUUGAGUCCAGGAAAUACCAUGCUGGCAUCUGUGGCCUUCCUGCAGUGGCUGUUCAAGUGUGUUAGUGAGGCUGAGGCCUGUCCUCACUGUUGGUCAUGGCAGGCUGCCCUGAAGCUCCUUGGAGACUACCAGUGUAAUGUGACUGUCGUCAGCACUAUGUGACUGCUGGCAUCUGCCUGCUGUGUGAAAACCAUAAUGGUGUAUCUCCACUUUGGCAUGCUGAGCUAUGACUCUGAAGCCCUGGUGCAGCUACACAUUCCUUUGGAGUACAAACUGCUGAGGCCAGUGUGUCUGCCCAACAGCACAGAAACGUUAUCCUCCUCUUCCCUCUGCACUGUGUCCAGAUGGGGAUCAUUGAAGAAGCAGCAGACACAAGUGCCUGUACUUGAGGAUGGAAUCUGUGAGAGAAAUUACUACUUCAGUCACCCUGGAGGGAUCACAGCCAGGACGGUCUGUGUUGGCUUUGUUCCUGUGGGAUGCCAGGACUCCUGUCAGGGUGAUUCUGGUGGCCCCUUAGUUUGCAGCAAGGAAAAUGGGCCAUUUACUCUUUAGGACAUUGUCAGCUGGGAUGCUGGCUGUGCUAGCCCAAAGAAGCCAGGGGUCUAUUCAAGGGUGAAGAUUUUCCUGGACUGGAUAAGACUGCCAAUGAAAAGUGAUAUUUGCUUUUCUAAGUGA